AUGCCUUCUUUAUUAAAUCGUAAAUUCCAAUUAAGUCGAGGAUAUGCUAGAUGGUAUUCUCGCCGAAUCAGGAGAUCUGGUCUCUUUUCCAUGAGAUUUAAGCAUAACACCUUACUGUAUAUUUCGAAAAAUGACUACAGUGCAACUAAUAUUUUAUGGAAAUAUUUUAAUGCUCCAGGCAAUGUGUUGUUCGUCACAACAAACAUUGUUACUUUUACAGGGAUGGUAGCAUAUAAUACCUGUGUUUCUAACGGAAAAGAAAAUGCCUUAGAUGAAAACAUUCUCUCUAUACAAACUGCUUUAGAAAAAGGACCAAAUACAAGUGAAGGUAUAUCCCUAAAUGACUAUCCAAUCAUAGAUUCGGAGUUAGAAAGAUACCUGCCGUUAAGAACUGAGUAUCCUCCAAAUAUAAAUGCAGUGCCAGAAUUAGACCGCAAAGAGGUGGAAGAAACCGAGAUGUCUCCAUUUAAAACUAUAACAAAAGAGGAUCUUCAAUUGGAAGGAACAGCUAGAACUGUUAAUUUUGAAUCGCAAUUAGCAAAAUUAUCUAUCUUUAACUUACUAUAUUCUUAUUACAUGUACAAAAGUGUUUUAUACAACAUAAAGGGGAGAAACAAACCUAAUGAAGGCAAAUUCUAUAAUACAUUCAAUCUAUGGCAUAAAGAAACGGAAGAAAUGAGUGAACAAUACUUAGCAUCUGAAGCUGGUGAAUCUAGCGUAGAUAAAAUACCAUUAAAUGGAUUUUAUUCAUUAUGGAAAACAAAUUUUACAAAUUCAAUAAAAAGUUUUAGUGAAGUGCAAAAUUUAAAACUUCCAAAUUGGAGAAUAUACCCUAAAAAUCUUCAAAAAUUAUGUGAAAGUUUAUAUAAUAAUGAUAUGACAAUAAUUGCUGAUUUUGCAGAGUUUUAUCAUGAAUUAAAUGAUGAUAAAUAUAAAGAGGUCCGAAAUUUGUUGAGGUUAUGGUUAUACGAUAAUAUGACGUUAUUUAAGGAAACAAAUUCUAAGAGUAAGAUAUUUAGUAAUAGUAGCAAAUAUAAUUUGAGGAAAAUAAAACAUGCGAAUGAAAUUUUCUAUAAUGAAUUACUCGAUGAUUCAAAAGAUGAUAUUACAUUGUUUUUAAAAUACUCUUCCAUAGCAUUAAACUCACAAAACAAGAACAGAAGAAAUUUUAUGUUCCCAAAAUUACUUAUAGACAGCGAAAAGGACAAUAAUUCAGUGACUAUUCAAAUUGAUGUGCCAACAAUUUCAUUAGAGACAUUGCUGAAUGUGCUAGAUGGAUUUGUUCGCUUGAAAGAAAACAAAGGUAUUGAUUGCCACGAUUCUAUUGUGAAGAUAAUUUCAAUGUUGAAAAAAGAUUGCAUAUUAUCCAAGACUCAAGAUAAAAAUGCCACCAUGACCGGAACUCGCAAGGAUCAUGUCAGUGUAAUAUUGUUACCAAAUGACCUAGAGCAAAGAGUCGAAAUUGCAUGCCAAUUAGACAACAAGUUAAAAACAAUAAACAAUUAUGAACUAAUGAACCAUCAUGACGAUCUGCGAAAGAAAUGUUACCGAAUAGUAUCAACCAACCCAAAAGCCAUCCAAUUAUUAGAGAAAAUAUCGCAAUGGGAAUAA